UGAUAAGAACAGCCAAUUUGCCGGGUAAACAAAGAAGGAUCAGGAACUAAACAGGGGACAGAUGGUGUUUUAAAAUAUACCAAGGUGUAGUUAGUACCUUCCAGGAUUGAAAAUGGCUGGAAGUUUCUGGCAUAGUUCCCAUUAUCAGCAGUGGCUGUUGGACAAACAGGAUCUUCUCCGUGAGCGACAACAGGAUCUCAAAGUUCUUAGCGAAGAAGAAUACCAAAAGAUUCUCAUAUUUUUUGCAAACUUUAUUCAGUCUCUUGGAGAACAGCUCAAGCUUCGUCAACAAGUCAUUGCCACAGCAACAGUUUACUUCAAACGGUUUUACUCCAGGAAUUCUCUAAAAUGUAUUGAUCCAUGGCUUAUGGCUCCCACCUGUAUAUUUCUUGCCUCAAAAGUAGAAGAGUUUGGUGUUAUCUCGAAUAGCAGGCUCAUCACUACGUGUCAGACAGUGGUGAAGAACAAAUUUUCCCAUGCGUACCCCCAGGAGUACCCAUACAGAAUUAACAGUGUAUUGGAAUGUGAGUUCUUCCUCCUGGAAAUGAUGGACUGCUGUUUAGUGUUAUAUCAUCCCUACCGACCUCUGACAGAAUAUUUCUCCGACAUUGGUCAUGAAGAUACAUUAUACCCACUGGCUUGGCGAAUUGUAAAUGACAGCUUGAGAACUGACGUAUGCCUGAAUUACGCCCCAUACCUUGUUGCUCUUGCAUGUUUGCAUAUCGCCUGCGUGAUACAGAAAGUGGACCUCAAACAAUGGCUCGCUGAAUGUAAUGUUGAUAUGGACAAGAUCUUGGAAAUUUCAAGGCAGAUUCUUGCUUUAUAUGAUUUAUGGAAAAAUUACGAUGAGAAAAAGGAUAUUGCUGGAAUACUAGAGAAGAUGCCUAAACCGAAGACGAGUCCUACAACGACACCAACAACAGCUGGACCAGAUGGUGCCCAACAGUUACAACAACAGACUCAGCAUCAGUGACAGUCUCUGUGAUUGGUUCUUUUUUAGACCAAUCAAAAUGUGCGUAGGAUUCUUAGUCAGACUGUGUCAUCAGCGUGUAGAAACUAGCUACCUUAUGUAUUUGUAGAAGACAAAAACAUAUCUUCUGUCUUUCCAACGUUUUCUGGCAUGAUCAUAGUUAACAUGUCAAGCAAAAAGUGUGUUAAAGUUGAAUUAUGAAUUGAAAUAUUCAUGAUGAACAUUUAACAAAUAUUGUAAGAGGUAGAGUCCAUGGACACAUGACUGAGAUCAAGGAUUUUAUGUUGAUUCCAAAAAUGUGGGUCCAUUGGAGUUAACUCCCUUUGGAAUAAUUAGCAUACGUGUUCAUUCACAUAAAGUUGUCAACAUUCCAGAGAAAAUGGUGCUCAGUAAUGAUAAUGUAGGUAACAAAGAAAGUUUUCUCAAGGGAGAAAUUCACAAUAAAUCAUCUUAAAAU